AUGGGAGCAGAGCUGUGGAUAUACAAAACACCAGGAUUUUCCAACAAUGAGCCCUCGCUCUAUGGCAAUUUGCUCUUAAGCUCGACCACGACAGGUGUAGCCUUUGCCGUCGACAGAGUCGCCGGAAAGGUCGCCUGGACAACUCAACUAGCCGACUCUAGCUCAACCGAUUGUGGCUAUCCUGCUGCACACAAAGACGUCUUUGUCGUUGGCGCCGUGUUCGGUGCCGACCCGCGUAUCGCCGGAGGCGGCAACCAGAAAGUCUUCGGCCUGGAUGUGAACACAGGACAUAAGCUGUGGGAAUACGCUCCGGACAACGUGGUUUGGAAUUUUUCGCCUCU